CGUACGUCCGUUAGUUUGGCGAACGCAUCUGGAAGAUGCACCGUGUCGCGAUAGGCACAUUCUCAGCGCCUGUCGUCUGCUCGGUCACCGGCAUCAACAUUUCUCCAGACUCUCAUUUCUCGCGCCAUCGGCGUCGCUUACAACAACCGCAGGCACUUCCGUUCUCCUCACUUUUUGUCUUUUCAAUUAUAAAAAUACCCGACAGAAACUAAAUUAUUUCCUCUUUUUCAAUUCAAAAAUAAUCCAAUUUUUUUCCAAUCGGGAUUGUAGUGUUCAAGUGAGUGCAACUGUUUCUGUUUUUUCCCCCUACAAUUUCUAUAGGUUUAUUAAUUAAAAUUAUAAGUUAAUUUAUAAUUAAAAUAUAUAAUUAAAAGGAUUUAAUUUGAAGAGCGAAUAGAGAAGAGGAGCGAUUAUUUCCCGCUUUGCUGGUUCGAUAAGGACAAUAAAAGAAGAAGAUUUUAUCAAUCAUACAACAAUCAACUGAAAACGAUUCUCCUACAAUUCACCAUAUCUUGAAAAUUAGAAACUACGUUAAUUACAGAAGAGGAAAAUUUCUUUAUUUCAAACACUUUUCUCGAAAAUACUGGUUUUGCAGUAAAAAAAAUAUACAGCAUAAGAGGAUUGAAAAUUUAUAGCAGGCAUUAGCAAUCAAUCAUAAAUCCCAUUUUAUGUGGUGGGGCUAUUUUAUACAAAUCUGCGAGGAAUAUUCGGUAGAUAGCUGAUGGGAAAUGGCAAUAAAAAGUGAUUAAGGGACUAUUAGGAAAGCUUAUGGUCAUUUAGGCGCACGACAGUUAUCACACAUGAUAUACAAUCAUAGGGGCACUAAUCUCUACUAAGAAUAUCAAAAGUCGUGAUUUACCGACGAAAAAAAAGGACGUGAUCGCAAUUCGGAAAAUUAAAGUCGAAGGGAGAAGGAAGAAGAAGAAGAGACAGAAAAAAGUAUCGACGAAAAAUUCAAUUAGUACGAAUAUUUGUUCCUAAUCCGAAAUUGAUCGAAGAUUGAAAGAAUAAAACAAAGUACGAUCAAAGCAACAUUAACGAAGAAGAAAAAAAGAAAUAUUAUCAAAAGAAGAAGAAGAAGAAGAAGAAGAAGAGUCACUUCUGCAAAAAAGAAGUUGACAUUUUCUGGAAGAGUCGCAAAAAUCGGUUAAAACUGGAAGGGGAAAAUCAGAAAACCCUAUUUACAAUAACCAAACAAAAAGUGUUCACCGUGGAAAAAUUGAGUGAUUUUUGUUUGGAUUGGAAAGUGGUGAUCUCCAAAAUCGCGAAACCGUGUUGGUGUCGUUGGGCUGAGACUCGGGUCGGUAACCGAACGGGGAAGCCCGUAAGAUCCGCGAAGGUUGUGCAACAAGUUAGGAGAGGGUUGCCUCCACCACCGCGAUGUGAUAUGGAUAUCCUAGCAGUAGCCUGCGCUCUUGUAGCGACGGCCCUGUACUUCAACACUCUCUACGCAGGAUUCGUUUACGACGAUCGGAGAGCCAUUUUAACGAAUCCGGAUUUAAAACCAACGACGGAAUGGUACAAACUUUUGGAGAAUGAUUUUUGGGGGACUCCACUUUAUGAGAAGGGUUCGCAUGGCAGUUACAGGCCACUUUGUGUAGCUACUUUUAAAAUCAAUUACCUUCUUGGUGGCCUUGAACCCCAAGGUUAUCAUCUCGUGAACAUUAUUCUUCAUGCAGUUUGUACGGCUCUGGUGGUCCGAAUAGGAAGAAAGGUACUUCCAGGACACACAUUGGCUCAGACAAUUGCGGGUCUUCUUUUUGCCGUGCAUCCAAUACAUACUGAAGCCGUAGCCGGUAUUGUUGGUCGAGCGGAUCUUUUGGCUUGUCUCUUUACUCAGACUGCAUUUCUCGCAUACACAGUGCAUUGCGAUCAAACACGAUCGCUUUUGCCACUGUUGCUUACCUUGAUCUCAGCGGUCUUAGCAACGUUGGCCAAGGAAACGGGAAUAUCAUCAUUGGCUCUCUGUCUCUUGUGGGAAUUCUGUUACAGCGAGUCAAAUAUUCGCAAGAUCACAGCAAAUGGCUAUGGGAAAUGGAGAAGUUCGACAAUCCUCGCAGGAAGUUUGGCAAUGCUGACCCUUGGCAGAUUGAGGAUCGGCGGCGGUAGAGUUCCUGAAUUCGCAAGUGCUGACAAUCCAGUAGCUCGACAUCCCUCGAGACUAACUCGAGGUCUCACAUUUCUCUACCUACCAGCAGCAAGUGUCAGAAUGCUGCUUUGUCCCAGUACGCUGAGUUUCGAUUGGUCCAUGGACGCUGUGCCAAGAAUAACCAGCUUCAAAGAUUCACGAAACCUCGAGUCUGUUUGCCUUUAUGCUGCCCUCGGCACUGCAACACUCUGGGCUGUUCGUCGAGUUCGCCUUUCCCGAGGAAGGGCCAGGUCAAGGUCACGAACAACCUUCGAACUGUCUUCCUAUUCAAUGUCUACCUCCUCCACCUCCUCCUCCUCAUGGCCCACAACACCGAAAUGUCCCGUUUGCGCCGGCAGAAGAACUGGUGCCUGUCACACCGAUGGUUGUCGCGCGGCCAACAAUAACAAUGGUCCAGUUAACGAUUGCCAUUGUCCGAAGAAAAAAUCAUCGAUCGGUUGUACAUAUUCCUCAACUUCGGCUCUACUUGUUAUUCUCGGUUUUCUAGUGCUUCCCUUCCUCCCGGCUAGUAAUCUCUUCUUUUACGUGGGAUUCGUUAUAGCCGAGAGAAUUCUCUAUCUUCCGAGUAUCGGGGCCUGUUUGACUGUUGGGGCGGCAAUUUCUGUGACUUAUGAAAUGGCGAAAAAAGCUGGAUGUAAAAAGGUGGCCAAAGGAAUUUUAGUGUUGACAAUGAUAAUUUUAGGCCUAAUGUCAGCGAGGACUGUUCUUCGAAAUGCUGAUUGGUACGAUGAGGAGAGUCUCUACAGAUCUGCGUUGCGUGUCAAUCCGCCGAAAGCUUAUGGAAACUUGGGAAGUGUUCUCAGUGCACAAGGACGAGUUGCAGAAGCAGAAGAAGCUUUUGUGCAAGCUCUUCGACAUCGACCAAAUAUGGCUGACGUGCACUAUAAUCUUGGGAUAUUACAACAAGGCAGACGGAACUACGAGGAGGCCAUUCUCAGCUACCAGAGAGCGAUUCACUUUCGGCCUUCUUUAGCCCAGGCUUACGUGAAUCUUGGAGCAGCUUUAGCUUCGGUUGGUCGUGGAACGGAAGCAGCUGCGGUUUUGCGCGCUGGCGCUUCUUUGGACGGAUCCGGUCUGAAAGACAGAAGGGCUCACGAAGCUGCCAGGGUACAAGCAUUGUUGCAACUUGGAGCCCUCUAUGCGGAUCAGGGGAGAUUACAGAGAGCCUUAUCUGCAUACAGAGAAGCACUACAUGCACUUCCGGAUCAUUAUCCUCCUCAGAGCGUUUACAAUUUACUGGGAGAGACGCUGUCUCGACUACAACAGUACGCUGAGGCUGAGAAGUGGUUUCAGGCAAGUUUAGCCAGUCAGCCAGACCACGUGCCUGCCCACAUCACUUAUGGGAAAUUGCUAGCGCGAAAUUCCAGUCGUGUUUUGGAAGCUGAGAGGUGGUUUCUGCGCGCCAGGAGAUUAGCUCCCGAAGACCCAAGCGUACAUUAUCAUUAUGGUCUCUUCCUGACGUCACAAGGUCGUUUGGCGGAGGCUGCAGAGGAGCAAUUAAGAGCUGCGGUGUUAUCACAGUCGGACUAUGACAUGGCAGUUGCGGCAGCGUCGGCCCUACGUCGUGUCGAUCGUCGCGAGGAGGCUGAAAUUUGGUACAGACACGCAAUGGGCCUGAGGCCGAAUGAGGCGCGAAGUCACACAAAUCUUGGCGCCAUUUUGCAUCUUAAUGGCAAAUACAAGCAAGCCGAAGUAGCGUACAGAGAGGCCUUAAGAUUACAACCGGGCGACGCCACAACAAUGACCAACCUUCACAAAUUAGCGACACUUCUUGCGUGACCCAAAAAUAGUCGAAAAUUUCGACCUCUUCAAUGUUCGCGACUAAUUCGACCUCCUCUAUUUCACUUUGAAAUAAACAAAGACGACAUGGAGAUUCGAUGACAGAAAUGUCAUCGUCAUUUCAUCAACAACCAAGGGAAUCGAUAAUCCUGCAAAAAAAAAAAAAAAAAAAAAAACACAAACCAAACAGGAAAUUCAUUCACGGAAUGGCUCACAUCGAUUACGCCAUCCGUUUGUAUGGAAUGUAAAGAAUAAAGCUUCAUUUAUUUUUCUCUAUAAA